AGAAAUGUCUUCUCUCCGCUGGGCAGUUCCUACGCUGCCAGUACAAUAGACCGCGCCCCACGAUUUCAAAGCGACACAUAUGAAGUCGAACGUCUUGUCGGCGCCAAGCUUCGCGUUGAUGCCGAGACGCGUCAAACGUGGCAACCAAUCAGGGAAGAUAGGGCUGGUUGUUCAUUCUUGAAAGUCGACCACAACCUUAUCCAGAUCAGCGCUUCAUUAUUCUUCUCUUCUAUAAUCCUCUAUCAUUCGUCGAUUGCGUUCGGAUUACUACUCUUCUCCGUGCUCGUUGAGCUAGGUACCUGGUACGCUGGGCGUUGCAACUUGAUUUAUCAUCACUAUUGA